CCAAAUUAAAUCGUAAUGGCAAGGUUAGAUAUUGAAAUUGAGACGAGGAAAAUGUUGAAACCCUCAGCUCCUACCCCAGAUAAUCUUCGGACACUGAAGCUUUCCUUGUUUGAUCAGUUGGCUCGUUCUGCAUAUGUAGCAGUUCUCUUCAACUACUUGCCGAACAGCACUUCAUCAUAUAAUCAUGAUGAGCUUGAAAAAUCAUUGGCGGAGACGCUAACCAAGUUUUACCCUUUUGCUGGAAGAUUUGGAAAAGAUGAUCCAUUCUCAAUCGACUGCAAUGAUGAAGGUGUUGAGUAUGUUCAAACCAAAGUCAACGCUCAUGAUCUUGCCAAAUUUCUCAGUAAAGCUGCUGCUGAUAAUAAUAAUAAUAAUAUUGAGUCAUCUUUGCUUCAUCUUCUUACUAUAAUAGAUCAUCAGCCAUCAUCGCCAUCAAGUCCGUUACUUGGUGUCCAAGUGAAUGUAUUUAAUAAUGGAGGAAUAAGCAUAGGGAUACAAAUUUCACAUAUUGUAGCUGAUGCUUUCACUUUAGCUACAUUUGUAAAUGAAUGGGCGCACACUAACAUGCCACAAGAUAAUGAUGAUGAUAAUAAUUACCUCCCCAGCUUUGGUCAAUUAUUAUCCCUCUUUCCAGCAAGAGUGAUACAAUUACCAUCAUUUGAUCCCAACACUCUUACUAGUACUUGUACUACGAAUGUGACAAAGAGGUUUGUCUUUGAUGCUUUGGAAAUAGAAAACCUCAAAAAAAAAACAAUCAAAGAAGAUUCAACUAUGAUGAGGCAGCCUACAAGACUGGUGGUUGUUAUGUCCUUAUUAUGGAAGGUUCUGGCACACAUAUCUUCCGAUAAAAAUAAUGGAAAUUCAAGGGACUCAUUUUUUGGAUUUGUUAUGUGUUUGAGGGGGAGAAUUCCAUCUUUAGAACGUGUUGUAGGGACUUUUUCAAUCCCAGAAAUUGCUAAUACGGAGGGCGGUGAGUAUGAGUUGAAUGAUUUUGUAAAGUUGAUAGGGAAUAGAAUAGGGGAGACAUGUGCAGCCAUUGGUAAGGCAUCAAAAUCAGUUGAUGAUAUUUCCUCUUUAACUAUUAACAAUCAAAUAAAAAUUCUAGAAAAGAUUCUACAAAGAGACAAGAUAGACAUUUAUGGCACCACUAGUUGGUGCAAAUAUCCAUGGUAUGAAGCUGACUUUGGUUGGGGAAAACCAUUCUGGGUGAGCCCUGUUUCAGUCGGUAUUCAUGAACUAAUUAUUCUGAUGGACACAAAUAUGGAGAUGGAAUAGAAAUAAUAGUUACUAUGAAGGAGAAUGACAUGACUGAAUUCGAGAGAGACCCUCAUAUUUUGUCCUCCACUUCCA